CAAGGGCACUAGGGUGAAUAAUUACCCGACCGUGAGGAUGCUGACUGCGGACACAUCAUGCAUGGAGGCGCCGCUGGACCGGUGAUAUUACUAUGCAGCCUUUUAUUUACCUGCAUCCGCGUGCGUUCGGUUUAAUUCGAUUUUAAUAGCAUAAAUCAAAACUAGAAUGCCGAAACCGAUGCCAGACAUCUCUAUUGUGUUCUGCAGAAUUCUUACAUGACAUGUUUAGUCUUAAUGCAACAGAUUAGAGAUAUUAUAAAUGCAGAAUUCGGUUUGUUUUGCGACAUCAUAACCUGUCCAUCAAAUAUUGGUGCAUCGUAAUAUCGCGCGCUUACAAAUCCGAUUCCUCUUCUAGGCAUUGAUCCAGGUAAACAAGGACUAUGUUGACCAGCAUUGCCGAGAGCAUCUUCUGCUGUUUGAUGGGAAAGACCUCCAGUGUCGUUCUGCCGGUUGAGUCGUCUGAUGGCAAACCGGCUAAUGGAUUUGAGUUUGUGGAGGUGAAGCCGGGUCGGGUGCUACGCGUGCGGCACAUCCUCCAAGAACGCCCCGCGACUACCGAAUCGCAACCAGAACUGGGCAACACAGUCCACUGCAAACGCAAGAUCACGGUGUACCGAAACGGGCAACUCGUAAUCGAAAACCUGGGUGACGUUCUCCACUCUGAGAUACUGCAGUGCCAGAAUGGCGACGUGGAACCGUGCAGCAUGGUCGAGGUGGAGCUGUCCGACUACACCGCUGCGCCAUUGUCGCCCGAUCCCAAACCUGCUCCGCCUCUUCCCAGUUCAGAUCAGCAGAAACCUGCCCCUCUGCCCAGGCGGCGGCGACGGAAACCGAAGCGUACCGUGAUGAUCGAUACAGAGUGCUGCAUCAGCAGUUGUAAGGGGACACACUCAGAUGUGGCACUGUUUUUCAUCCACGGCGUUGGCGGUUCGCUUGACAUCUGGGGCAGUCAGCUUGAUUUCUUCUCACGGUUGGGUUAUGAGGUCAUCGCCCCAGAUUUGGCAGGGCACGGCGCCAGUAUCGCCCCUCAGAUAGCGGCGGCGUACACUUUCUACGCCUUAGCAGAGGACCUGCGUGCCAUAUUUAAGAGAUAUGCAAGAAAACGGAACAUCCUUAUUGGUCAUUCCUACGGGGUGUCGUUCUGCACGUUCCUGGCACACGAGUAUCCGGAACAGGUGCAUAAAGUGGUGAUGAUAAACGGAGGAGGCCCCACGGCACUGGAACCCAGUCUGUGCUCCAUCUUCCAGCUACCCUCCUGCGUUCUACACUGUCUGUCUCCAUGCCUGGCCUGGAGCUUCCUCAAAGCUGGUUUUGCGCGACAGGGUGCUAAAGAGAAGCAGCUGCUGAAGGAGGGAAACGCGUUCAACGUGUCUCCGUUCGUGUUGCGAGCGAUGAUGAGCGGGCAGUACUGGCCGGAGGGUGAUGAAGUUUAUCACGCAGAGCUCACUGUACCCAUACUGCUGGUGCACGGCAUGUACGACAAGUUUGUGCCCAUCGACGAAGAUCAGCGAAUGGCAGAGAUCCUCCUGUUUGCGUUCCUGAAAGUGAUCGAGGAAGGCAGUCACAUGGUCAUGAUGGAAUGCCCCGAGACCGUCAACACGCUCCUCCACGAGUUUUUCCUCUGGGAGCCCGACACUUCAAAAAAGGACACGGUUGCUAAGGUAACAUCUGAGCAGACGACGACUGACAACACCAUGCCCGUCCAGAAGCUCAGUGUCGCCAACGGCAGCAGCAUAAGGUCAACGCCAAAGGUCAACAAGCUUCUCAACAAGUAACCUAUGAGUGAUGUUUUUGGGGUAAACCAAUCAGAAGGCUGUCAAUGGCUGGUGCUGCGAAUGGUGAAACUGUCGCCUUGGCAACGAGCUGAUUUUUGGUCAGAAGGCCCGAACGGGUUUUACAAAGAGGGUGAGAAUGUUUCAAGGGUUGAGACUCUCUUUGAGAAAGCUAGCAAAGGGGAAAAAGCUGUUGAUUUUAAACCAAUAAAGGUGGUUUAUGAUAUCACAAUGCCUUUGUUUCUCUCUGCAACCUUUGGACAAUAUCUUUCCUCCUUGUGCUGUCUAAACAAAAGCGACUGGAUGUUUGUUCAGGAGGAUGAAAUCGAGUGUGUCCAAGCGUUGGUGUCCAGAUGGGACCGAACUACGGGAUAAGAUGGCAAUUGCCAAAGUUAAAAAAAAAAAAGUCAAGAGAGCGUGUUUAAAGUCCACAUGAAACAAUGUUCACAACCCAUUUUACUUCCUUAAUUUGAUGCAUUUCCAAUUGAAACAAGAUAAUCGCAAAUGUAGAGCGGGACUUGAUUGAUUUUAUUCAUCGUCAAUGAUGGGAUUUUGAAUAGUGGCCAUUAUUUACAAGAAAAGCAGCCAGGUGGUUGAAUGUGAAGCGUUGAAAAAUUAGUGCUUGAUGACAUCAUCCGCAAAGGAAAGUUGUUUCAGAGGCGGAGCUUACGAAGACAAAACUUUUAUUUGGAAUAACGUGCACUGAUGAAUCGUUCACAAUAAGACCGGGAACAUGGAUUAAGAAUGAAAAUAAGGUCCAUUUUGAUUUCACGUUGACUUGUCAAGAAUCUGUGUUCACAUCAUCGCCAGGCGCUGUUAUAUGCUCUGAAUAAUUCAAUGCAAAAACUAGUAUUACAUCGCCACAUUUUUAACAUGUCUUCCCUCCUCCAGCACUUGCCGAUAAAGAUGGACUGUGCUUGUUAACAGACAUAUAAAGUAUCGAAUUCUGUUAGGGAAACUGCAUGCCAUUAGGCACAGUCUUCCAUCUCCUAGCAACCAGGAAGUCGGGCAUUAGAGCAAAUGCAGAAUGGGAGAGAGCAAAAGAGAGAGCUAUAAUAACGUCGAUGGACAUGAUAUGAUACAGUACUGUGAAAAAAACAGGACAUAAGCUACCAAGCCUAUACGUUAAAUCCUCUUAUGGUAUCAAUAGAUCUGCAAAUGUUGAGUACUGGAUUGCACACAAAGAAAAUCUGAAUUUAUUACAAUUAUUGAUAUUAUUAAAAUCUAACCACCAGAUUGAUCAAAACACAUUUUUGAGAGUGUGAUUGUGUAUGUGCAAUUAAGCUCAAUGGACAGUCUGUCUGUCUAUGCAAAGAAUAAAGCGUGGCUUGGUCACCAUGACAACAGGCGUUCAAAAGCAAAAUGGAUUAAGAGGAGGUCUGGUCCGUCUAACCCCAG